ACAAAACCGAGGCUUUGAGACCCAGAGCCUCCCCACUGGGUAGGGGGAGAUGACCGGCUUCUCCCCUGGUGGGCACUCCCUUUGGUCCAGGAGCCCAGAUGCUUACCCAGUCCGUUCUACCCUUCCUUCCACUGGCACUGUUCUGGAGGCAACAGGCCAGACCCAGGACAGAAGCUCGGCACACCCCCAAGCACCUCGCCAGAGCUCCACCAUUCUUGCUGAAUCCUGAGUAUCCUUUUUCUCAAGCGUGCAAUGCAAGCUACCAGAUCCAUCUUGAUGCUUACUAGCUGAGUGGCCUCAACUUCCAUCCUCUGUAAAAUGAGGGGGGUGGACUAGGAUGAACUCUGGGGACCCUUCUAACUACAGAUCUAGGAUCCUCUGAUCUCUCCCUCACUCAUCCAUCCCCCAAGGAACUGGAGACGGCCUCAAUCCUAUUAAGAGGGUGCAGUUACCUGAUCAACCACAAGAGGUCACCUGCAAAGGAUUCUGCUAGAUCUGGCUCAUGCUUCUGCUUCCAAGGCUGGGGCUUUCCAAGGGGGAGCUUCUUCUCACCCGGCCCACCAAGGCCCUCUCCUUUGCCCUUGGGGGCUACUCCUUUCUUCCCUGACCUGAGUGGGAGGUCUCCUGAGCAGUCUGGUUCCCUGCCACCUGUCACCAGAACAGCCUGAUUUCCCUCAUUAGCCCUCCUCCUGUUCCUGCUUGUGGCUGCAACUGAUGGUGUCGAUCAAAACAAACCCUUGAUAGCUGGGCAUGGUGCCAGGGGUUCCUCUUCUCCCUCUCUCCCCAGCUCCCCUGCCAAGCUAGUGCCAUAGGGAUGACACAGCAGCACAGCUGAACCCUCAGGGGCAGGAGUAAAGCCAAUGACACCAGGGCAUUUGAGGUCCCAACCUCAGAGAGCCCGUGGAAGAGUCCUUAAAAGUGGGCAACUUUUAGAGAUUGAAGCUGGCAGCCUCUUCUCCCCCCUCCCACCACCACCAGCAUGGCUAUAUGGCUCAUUCUUUGCUCCACUCUGGGAAGAGCUUGCUCACCAAUCUUAAUCAGCACAGGGAGGGGCAGCAGAGAGGAGUAGUGAACAAGCUGUUUAACCCCCAUAGGUGGAUUCCUGGAGGCAGGACUUCCCAGAGGUCACCAGGCCACCUCCUUCCCUUGACAUAAGUAGCCUGACUGAAAGAGGAGAGAUUGGAACCUAAGGUCACAUACUUGUGCUAAUCUGGACUAGCAAUUGGUUAGAGUGAAGCAACGAAGUCCAGUGGGGAGAAUCAUUGGAUCCUAGAUUGCCAGCUGGAAGACCUGACAUCAUCUAAUCCAAACCCCUCAUUUUAUAGAUGAGGAAAAUGUGGCCCAAAGGAGGUUAAGUGACUUAAUGUGACCCAAUGUAGCAUAAGUGACAAAAGGCAGAAAUAGGAUUUGAAUGCAGGUCCUCUCCUUCCAAAUUCAUCAGUCUUUCCACUGCACCACCCUGACUCAUAAGGCUGUAAAAAGGAGCCAGGAAAAUUGAGUGCUGGUCCUAACUCUGCCACUAACUAGCAGUAUGACUGGUAACUUCUCAGAUUCUUUCUAGAUUUAAUGUUCUAUGACUCUGUGUCCACCCUCCGGUGGACCCUCACCCUUGGGCAUGACCUUUAUUUACUCUUCUCAGUCUGUACUCCCAAUCCAAAGUGUUCCCAAGCCCUAAGUGAAAUAAUAGUGGACAACACAGUCCCUAUGGCCUUCAGACACCUAUACGCCUGCCUCCCUUGGGGAGUGCACCCAGCUACUUGUUAACAAUGCUCAGUUAAGGGCCUGACACAGCUUACAAUCAACAACCCGUUCUGGGUCUCACUCUUGACCUAUAGACUUCAUUGGGAACCGCCGGUGGGGACCUCUAUCCUUGACCGGGAAGGAACACUUACUUCUCAGAGACUACAAAUCCCAGCAUGCAGCACUCCAGCUCCUAGCGGACCUACAACCUUCUUACGUAGUUGUUUGUUAUACUAACGGCAGCUCCCAUUUCUACAGCACAACGCUCUCACCUUGCAUGGCGAUUGUGGGGAAAGCGCUUUACAAACCUUAAAGUGCAGUGCAAAUGGGAGUUACCAUAGUCUUCCAAAGCGCUUUGCUCUCGACCCUGUGAUGCACGCAGAUGGUGCACUAUCAUCAUACCCGGCUUACGACUGGUUUCUUGGGCGAGUCUGGGCCUGCUGGUCGGCAAGCACAACUAUUAGUGUCGGAGGCAGGAUUCGAACCCUCUGAGUACCUCCUUAAUUUCAGCGCUCUUUCAGUACUGUAUUGUGCAAAACGUUCCUCGCCGCCUCCCGGACUACAACUCCCAUAGUGCACGCCGAUGCUAAUAGACUUCAGUUCCCAGACUGCAAUGCACUUCCCCGCACGCCCGGGGGCACCUGGUGCUUUGCAUGUUGGGAAUCCAAGUCCUCUGUAGGCAGAUACUUCCGGCUAUUGACGUGGAGGAGGAGCUCUCCGCCCCUGGCCUAGUACUGAAAAGCAGUUCCCGGGAACUGUCGUCCAGAGGCAAGAGCAAACGGAGCUCUCUAGUGAGAAACGUUAUCACCGCCUCCCCCCUCCCCGUAAAUACCGGGAUCCUCGUCCUCCGAUUAACUGUUCGAGCAGGGAGGGGUCAGGAAUCUAGCUGCGGCCGUGGCUGCCGGUGCCCCUAGCAACACCUCUUCCGUCCCAAUGUCCCUUUCCCCCCUUUACAAACAUGGUAGCCAGAUCCAGCGCAGCCGUCAGCGCUGGCGCCUAGCCAAACGGUACCGAGUAACAUCACUAAAAACUCCGACCCUACCGACGGCCUAACAACCCCAGCCAGCACCAGAGCUUGUCGUGCCCUGCUCACCCAAGUCGGAGAGCUCCGAGGAUAUGCCCGUAUGAGCUCCCCUUACCAAGAUGGCGAAAGGAAACGCGCUCUCGUGAGGCGACAAUACGCCUGCGCACGAAGCGGGUGCGGCUUUGGCAGGGGUAGGAGGUGGGGGGGUGGGGGCCCGGAGCUGGAGCUUUCAGCACGCCUGCGCGGGGGGCAACUAGCCCACUGACGCCGGCAGCUGAAGGUUUCCUCUAUUCCUAGCGGCUGCGCCGUGAGCCUCGGGAGCCCCCAACGCGCUUGCGCAGAAAGAAAGUCCUUCGGGUCUCAAUGCGCCGGCGCGGUAUUGGGUGGGAGGGGCGUCAGCGCUCUCGGCGUUUGCCAGCGCGGCUGCGCGCUGGGGGGCGCUCACUCUGCGCGACUGCGCGGGAGCGAGGCCGCCGGCUGUCAGUGCGGUUGCGCGCGGCGAGCGGCGAGCCCGGAGCGCCUGCGCGGGCGGCUUUGCGGGCGCUCGCGGUAAGUUUGCGCCAAGUGCGCGGCAGCGGGGACGCAGACGGCGGCGGCGGCGAGAGGCGGAGCCCGGGGACCCCCCCCAUCCCCCUUCCCCCCCAGUCCCCUCACACAGCACCACCUCAGCUCACCUCUCGCCCCCCCCUCCCGACCCCGACCCCCCCUCCCGGGAUGGCAGCGCCCGCCAGCCUCCCCGGCCGAGCCGGCGGCCGCCAGCGCCGGCUCUAGCCUGUGGGCCUAGGCCCCGCCGAGGCCCGAGCCCCCGGGAGCCCGGAGCCGCCGUGCAGCCAGCAGCCCGGCCCGGGACUGAGGGGCCGCGCCCCCCUCACGGCCCGAG